AUCGAAGGUCCUUGCCUCCAUCUGACAUCUGCUGCCCUGCUGCUUCUGUGUCCUGUAACCCGGGCAGAAAGUGCAGCACAUGUCACCUUGAUCUGGAGGAUUCAUGUAGUCAUGUCCGUACUGAGGAGGAGCAGAGGUCUCAUACCAGCAUUCCGUCCAGCUAGUACAUCUACCAGUGUUCAGACCUCAGAGGUGGUCGAAGUAGACACAAAUGAGAAUGAAAUUGUAAACCCAGAUUUCACCAAUAGGAAUCCUCGAAACCUCGAGAGAAUUGCGUUGGCAGUUAAGGAUCGGGGAUGGGGCACAGUGUGGCCGACUCGUCAAUACUGGCAUAGGAUACGACUAGAACGUACUGGGCAUCACGUGCACGCAAGCGUGGAACAUUGUAGUGGCAAUGUUGUACUUUCUGCCUCCACCCAAGAAUGGGCUGUGAAGAAACAUCUUUACAGUACGAAAGAUGCCAUGGCUUGUGAGAAUGUUGGUAGAAUAUUGGCUCAACGCUGCUUGGAGGCUGGAAUACAUUUUAUGUUGUUUCGGGAGAUCCCAUGGGUGUUCCGCAGUGAGUCGGUGCAGAGGUUUCGAAAUGCAAUGAUUGAAGGUGGAAUAGUGUUAAGUGAACCAAGACGCAUAUAUGAAUGACGACGUAAUAGGUGCAAUUGCUGUCAGGAGUACAAAUACCUACUACGUUUACCUGCUUCUUGGAUCUCGGUGUAACCACAGCUAUCUCUUGGAGCUGGCAUACACAUUUCUUGAAAACUCCUUCUGCAUAUAAAGCAGAACUCCAUCUCUAAAACUUUCUAAGCUUUGUUGAGUUGUGAUGCUGCUCCACAUCAUUGCUACAUGUUGACAUUUCAGGUUCAUGUCAUGAAAUUACCUUCAUCUGUCAAUGUUAGUCCAUCAGUUAAUAUUUUGCUGAGUUUUUUUUCAAUGAACUAUUCCUAUUAAAAAUCCGAUUUCAAUAAA